AUGCUGGCUCUCAGUAUUGUCUUGUGUGCCCUACUAGGCACUUCCUUGGCUUUCGCCAUCGUCGAGCUGGGCCUGUCGGCGUUCGUUGCUGCUGCAUAUUAUGGCACACAAGAAGUCGUCACCACCUGGAGCGCAUAUUCGGGCUAUUCCUACAGUCAAGUCGACGUAAAUCCUCCGGCUAUCCUCGUUUUCCUUGUCUUCUCUUCAGUUUGGACUAUUCUCGUGACAGUCGCCGCCCUAGUACUGCCCUGGUACUAUACUCGCAAGGGCUUCGUGACCGCAAAGCUCAACACUGUUCUCGCUGCUAUCUUCGUGGCCAUUUAUUUCGUCACUAUGGUAUUCUGGCUAGCAUGCUUUGCUGACCUCGCCAGUCUCCUUGGUGGUGGUACUAGUGUAAACGCCUACUACAAUGCCGUGCUUGCCUUUGGUGUGCUCCUUUGGCUACUGUUUGUUGCCCUCGUCGUAUUCACCAUUCUUGCCAUGUGUGGUGUUUUGGUGUCUGACUGGGCUGGGUACCAGUCUCUCAGGAAGGAUAAUGGAGUUGGUGGGCACCAGACUAAUGCUGACCCUGCCCACGAGGUGCCGAUAAGUACGAACCCUGUAGUUCUGCGGAAGCUGUGA